AAUAUUAAUGGACAAUGAUAAGAUAUUAUCUUUCAUACAACCGAGUACCGCAUAACUACAAAUUUGUAACCACGGUUGUAAAAAAGUUUAUACCGUAGUUUGACGACGGUUAAACCAUUUAUCACGUUAAUUCUACUUUUUAUCAAUCAAUCACCCAUCACAAAUCACGAGUAACAGGAAAAAACAAACAGAUUAAAAUUUUUAAACUAAAUAAUCAUAUUAUUAUAAUACAGGUACUCUGUAGUAUUUUUUAAGUCUUGGUUACUCUUGCUGUGUGUUUUGGGCAAUGUACGGUGUCCGAUACAUCCUAGUUCGGCUGGAGAACAUGCACACAUCUAAUGGCUAUUAAAGAACCUCACGGACAUAAACAGAAAUUCGUUGAAGAAAUCGAUUACAAUGAAAUCGAAAAACUCGAAAUGGUGGGGAAGGGUUCGUUUGGAGUGGUUUAUCGCGGACGAUGGCGUAACAAUUAUGUGGCUGUCAAACACAUUGAUACAGAAGCGGAACGUAAAGCAUUUACAGUAGAAGUGCGACAGCUAUCUAGAGUAAACCAUCCCAACAUUGUUAAGCUGUAUGGAGCUUGCACGUCAAAUCCUGUAUGCUUAGUUAUGGAAUUUGCAGAAGGAGGAUCUCUUUAUAAUGUUUUACAUUGUAAACCAGAGCCCGAGUACAAUUUAGGACAUGCAGUCAGCUGGACGUUACAGUGUGCCGAAGGAGUGGCUUAUCUCCAUAAUAUGAAACCUAAACCUUUAAUUCACCGAGAUUUAAAACCCCCAAAUUUACUUCUUGUCAAUGAGGGAAAAACCUUAAAAAUAUGUGAUUUUGGUACUGCUUGUGACAAGAAAACAUAUAUGACUAAUAACAAAGGAAGUGCUGCUUGGAUGGCUCCAGAAGUAUUUGAAGGUUCAAAUUAUACUGAAAAAUGUGAUGUGUAUAGCUGGGGUAUAAUUUUAUGGCAAGUGUUAACAAGACUGAAACCUUUUAAUGAAAUAGGAGGGUCUGCAUAUGGAAUUAUGUGGGCUGUGCAUAAGGGUACUAGACCUCCAAUUUUUGAACAAUGUCCUAGGCCAUUUCAAGAACUUAUUACAACGUGCUGGGACCAGAAUCCUAAUAUUAGACCGUCUAUUGACCAUGUUGUCGAGGUGAUGCGGAUAUUAAUGUCAUUUUGUUCAGGACAUGACAAGCCAUUAGUUUAUCCAAAUGAUUGCUACACCUUUAGUAGUGAAUAUGAAAAUGAUUGUUCCUCCGAAGAUUCUUGUCCAGACAUUCCAGAUUCAUACAUCGAGAGUUUAAGAAGUCAUAAAGGAGUAAAUGGAAUGUUAACAAAUGACAGUUUAAAGUCAAAUCCUAAUUUAUCGACACCUCUAAAUAUUAAUGUGGAUAACAGAUUUGAGCAUUAUGAAGAUUUAAAAAUAUUAACAAUGCCUGGAUUUGAUAAAGUUGGUGCUUACCACACUGUCAACUCAACUGAUAAAGAAGAGGAAUCCACGUCUGAUUGCAAUAACCAAUCUGAUGUCACUGAUAAUGUCGAAGGCGCUUCCGGGACACAUUCCGAGCUGGAUAACCUGUACUUGAUGCUGGACCAUCAACUCCAUCCGAUCUUACCCGACACCACUUGUCCACAAUCGAUACAGAUAUUUGAGGAACACAAACAACUUGCCCAAGAAUACCUAAAAGUACAAACAGAAAUAGCGUACUUAUCUAAACAUAUGGAACAAUUAGCAGAGAGAUUAAGUCAAGAAGAAAUAUUGAGUGAUGAAGGAACGGAAGAAGAUGACGAAGAGAUAAAAAAACUUGAAAAUGAAAAGGAACACUUAACUCAAAUGCACACGAACCUAAAAAAACAAUUAGAAAUGAUAAAACAAAGAGACAAUAGCAAACUUAAUGAGAAGGAUCCAUCUACUUCUUAAUAAUCAGACAAUAAUUUUACAGUAACUACGUAUAUAGUAGAAAAUGUAUAUUUUUACAUCACUGUGUUUUAUUGUAGGCAUUGAAAUAUUUUAUUUUCGUUAAAUGUUUAAUUAUUGAACUAAUAACUUGACAACAAUACUGUGAAUUAUUUUAAUAUAUUAUAUAUACUUUUUUUUAUGGGAAAAUGUAUUUUAAGGGUUAAUUAUAAUUAAAAUAUGUAAGAAAUUGUUCAUCCCUACUCUUAUACAAUACAUUUUAGUUAAAAUAAAUUAAUAUUAUUUUAACGGUGUAAAGUAUUGACUAAUUAUAUUCUAGUCAAACUAAAUUGUAUCAUUCAAGUUUUUAAAAUGUAUUUGUUUUUGUUUGUUUGUUAGUAUUGUUUUUAAAUAUUAUUUAUGUAUACUCAUUAGGAAAUAUGUUUAUUUAUAAGUGAAUUAAAUUUAUACUUUGUAGCAUUAAGCAUGCAUACAAAUUGUAGGUAAUAAUAUACCAACCGAAUUUAUUUGAAAACAUAUUGUUAAAAAAUGAAAUUAUUUUAGUAUGCUGUGUAACAAUAUGUUGAUAUUGACUAGUAUUUUACACGUUUUUUCUAAGAA